AUCCUUGAUACAGCUAAAUAACAUCACAUCGGAUUCAACGGAAAAAUACAGUUUUUACAUAUGUUGGUUUGGUUCAUGUCCAUGUGUAGAAACGCUGGGCAGCCGCAGUGAGUGGAGCUGAAACACCGGGGGGAGGGGCUGGAGCCGGCGGCUAUAGUGGAGCGGGGAGCGGGGACCGGAGCGGUGUCGGUUAGCAUACCCGGGCAGCUGGUGAACGACAUGGCCGCAGGGAAAGGAGCCGGGAAGCCGGCCUCGCUGUGGGACAACAUGCGGAUACGCUUCGUAGUGUGCUUCCUUGGCGUCUUCGUGUGUUACUUUUAUUACGGAAUACUCCAGGAGACGAUCACUCGAGGAAACUACGGCCAGGAGAAGUUCCGGUUCGCCCGGACGCUGGUCCUCAUCCAGUGCAUCGUCAGUGUUCUGUUCGCUAAGAUCUUGAUCCAUUUCUUCGAGGGCUCCAAGCCAGAUCUCACCAAGAGCUGGCUCUAUGGCCUGUGUUCUCUCUCCUACCUCGGAGCCAUGGUGUCCAGCAACUCCGCCCUGCAGUAUGUCAACUACCCAACACAGGUGUUGGGAAAAUCCUGCAAACCCAUACCAGUGAUGAUCCUUGGCGUGACGAUAUUGAGGAAGAAGUACCCGCUGGCGAAGUACCUGUGCGUGCUGCUGAUCGUCGGCGGCGUCGCUCUUUUCCUCUACAAACCCAACAAGAGCUCGACCGUGGCCGACGACCACAUCUUUGGCUUUGGAGAGAUUCUGCUGCUGGCCUCGCUGACCCUGGACGGUUUGACCGGCGUGGCCCAGGACCACAUGAGAGCCCGCUUCCAGACCUCGGCCAACCACAUGAUGCUCAACAUCAACAUGUGGUCCACUCUGGUGCUGGGACUGGCCGUGCUGUGGACGGGAGAGGUGUGGGAGUUCGUGGGCUUCGCCGAACGCCACCCCAGCAUCUUCUACAACAUCGUCCUGUUUGGACUGACCAGCGCCCUGGGACAGACCUUCAUCUUCAUGACGGUGGUGUACUUCGGGCCGCUGUCCUGCUCCAUCGUCACCACCACCAGGAAGUUCUUCACCAUCCUGGGCUCAGUCAUCCUGUUUGGAAACGUCAUGAGCAACAUGCAGUGGGUGGGCACCAUCCUGGUGUUCCUCGGUCUGGGACUGGACGCUAAAUUCGGCAAAAGCCCCAAGAAGACGACGCACUAGAACAUCUGGAUCACACACAGACAGAUGGACGGAGAUGUUCUCUUCAUAAGACGUCCUGUACAGCGACAAAUUGAACCGCUUUGUUCAGAUGAGGCCCCAGUAGUUAAAUAUUUAAAGGAGGGCCCUCGUAGUGUUUCAGCCGUGACGCGGGAUCAGACCCUCUCCAGGCGGCUGAAAUAAAUCACCGCAUCCAGAAAAAUCCAGCCCACCUUCUUCAGACGGACGUCCAACCAAACUCGACCUCAGCACUUCGCCUCAUCAACUCAACUGUUUACACACCGACGCUUGAAUAUGUGUAAUCAUCAGCGAGCGAACAGAUUUUGUCAUUAGUGGGAUUUCAAACGGUUAUGUGUAACCCGAAUCGUUUUUAAUUUUAUUUUCUACAAGUUGAUAAUGACUUGCCAUAUAAAGGGAAAUUGUUAUAUUUUA